AUGUCGGGCGGAUCAGCAUCAGGAACGGAGCUGGAAUGGCCGGCGAUGCGCGUGCGCGACACGUUUCUGCAGUUCUUCAAGGAUCGCGAGCACGCGCACGUGCCGUCCAGCCUCGUCGUCCCGCUGGACGACCCCACGCUGCUGUUCGCCAACGCCGGCAUGAACCAGUUCAAGCCCAUCUUCCUGGGAACGGUUGACCCGCGCAGCCCCCUGGCGUCGCUCAAGCGCGCCGUGAACUCGCAGAAGUGCAUCCGAGCGGGCGGCAAGCACAACGACCUGGACGACGUGGGCAAGGACACGUACCACCACACCUUCUUUGAGAUGCUCGGCAACUGGUCCUUCGGGGACUACUUCAAGCAGGAGGCCAUCACGUGGGCCUGGGAGCUGCUUACCCAGGUGUACAAGCUUCCAGAGGAUCGCCUCUACGCCACCUACUUUGGCGGGGACGAGAAGCUAGGCUUGGAACCGGACCUGGAGGCUCGGGACAUCUGGCUCACCGUGCUCCCAGCCAGUCGGGUGCUGCCGUACGGCUGCAAGGACAACUUCUGGGAGAUGGGUGACACGGGGCCGUGUGGGCCGUGCACAGAGAUCCACUUUGACCGCCUGGGCGGGCGCGAUGCUGCUGCUCUUGUUAACGCUGAUGACCCCACGUGCAUUGAGAUCUGGAACAACGUGUUCAUCCAGUUCAACCGUGAGGCAGACGGCACGCUUAAGACGCUGCCGGCCAAGCACGUGGACACGGGGAUGGGCUUUGAGCGCCUGACGUCCAUCCUGCAGGGCAAGCUGAGCAACUACGACACUGACGUGUUCAUGCCCAUCUUCGAGGCUAUCCAGAAGGUGACGGGAGCAGCACCGUACGAGGGAAAAUUGGGCAAGGAGGACACGGGCAACAAGGACAUGGCGUACCGAGUGGUGGCGGAUCACAUCCGCACUCUCUCCUUCGCCAUCGCUGACGGCGCCAGGCCCGGCAGUGACGGUCGCGACUAUGUGCUGCGCCGUAUCCUGAGGCGAGCCGUGCGCUAUGGACGCGACGUGCUGGGCGCCCAGGAGGGUUUUUUCAGCACGUUGGUGCCAGUGUUCGCUGACCUCAUGGGAGACACCUUCCCUGAGCUGCGCAAGCACGGCCGGCGCAUUCAAGACAUCAUCAGUGAGGAAGAGGCUGCUUUCGGCCGUACCCUCCAAAAGGGCCUGCAACGGUUUGAGAAGGCUGCCUCUGAAGUGAAGGACGGCAAGCUGAGUGGCCAGGACGCCUUUGUUCUCUGGGACACCUUCGGCUUCCCGGUUGAUCUUACCCAGUUGAUGGCGGAGGAAAAGGGUUUGACAGUGGACAUGGCAUCAUUUGAGAAGGCGAUGACAGACGCCAGGGAGAUGUCACGAGGAGCCAGGAGCAAGGGCGGGGCAGGGGCGCUGGUGAUGGAGGCAGAGGCGACGGCAGAGCUGCAGAAGCGGGGCGUUGAUCCCACCGAUGACUCGGCCAAAUACGUGUGGCACCAGGAUCAACCAACCACAGUGCGCGCCAUCUUCACCCCGUCCGGCUUCGUCCAAUCAGUGUCCGCCACGUCAGCAGACGCAUCCACGGAAGUGGGCCUCGUUUUAACCAGCUCCAGCUUCUAUGCAGAGCAGGGCGGGCAGACUUUCGACACCGGUGCCAUUAUCAAACCUGCUAAUAACGGGGAUGCGAGGUUCGAGGUCCGGUCGGUGCAGGUGUAUGGAGGUUACGUGGUGCAUGUGGGCGUGGUGACAGGUGGCAGCGUGGCAGUGGACGACGCGGUGGUGUGCCAGGUGGACUACGAUCGGCGGGCGCUGGUGGCACCGAAUCACACAUGCACGCAUCUGCUGAACCAUGCGCUGAAGAAGGUGUUGGGAGAUCACAUCGACCAGAAGGGUAGCCUUGUGGCUGAGGACCGACUUCGAUUCGACUUCUCCCACGGGAAGCCCAUCGACCCCAAGGACCUGGGGAAGAUCGAGGGGGAGGUGGUGGAGCGAGUGAAGGCGGGUCUGCCCGUGUACGCUCUCGAGUCCAGCCUCGCGGACGCCAGGCGUAUCAUGGGUCUCAGAGCAGUGUUUGGAGAGGUCUACCCCGAUCCAGUGCGGGUGGUGUCAGUGGGCACGCCAGUGGAGCAGCUGUUGCAGGACCCGGAGAACCCCCAGUGGGCCAACAGCUCCAUCGAGUUCUGCGGUGGCACGCACAUCAGCAAUACGACUGAGGCAGAGUCAUUUGCGAUCAUCAGCGAGGAGGGAAUAGCCAAGGGUGUGCGCCGCAUCAUCGCCUUCACCACUGCCAAGGCCAAGGAGGCCAUUGCCCUCGCCGACCAGUACGCCGCCCGGAUCGAAGCGGCCGGCAAGCUGUCCGGCACGGCAUUGGAGAAGGAGGGGUUGUUAUCCCCUGCUGACUUCUCACUGAAAGGCUCAGUCGACGCAGCAGUCAUCCCUGCGGCCUACAAGGCACAGCUCAAGGCAUCGCUGCUGAAGCUGCAUGACCGCCUGCGCCAGGCACAGAAAGCAGCUGCUGGGGCGAAUCUCAAGCUCGCCAUCCAGACCGCUGUGGAGACGGCGGCAGCGACCGCGGCGGCGGGGGAGAGUGUGUGUGUGCUGCGGAUUGACGUGGGGCUGGACCCGAAUGCGAUCAGAGAGGCCGUGGUGACUGUGCUGGGACAGCAGAAGGAGCUGGCGGUGCUGAUGGUAUCAGUGGACGAGGAGAAGGGCAAGGUGCUGUUGUACGCGGGUGUGCCUGAUGCUGUGGCAGCGCGCGGCCUGUCCGUGCUGGAGUGGCUGCGGGCGGCGCUCGUGCCCGUGGACGGCAAGGGGGGCGGCGGCAAGGGCGGGCUGGCUCAGGGGCAGGUGCUCGACGCGAGCGACGCGGCCGUGGGCGACGCGAACGCGACGGGGGUGAUCGGGCUGGUGGUGCUGAAAACCGACACCGACUACAACAUUCUCUACCAGGCGGGCGUGCGCGUGACUGAUGCCGGCCUCCCCACGUCCAUCGCCAUCAACUCCGCCGCCGCCGGCGCCGGCGGCUCCUCCGUUAUUGAGUUCUCCGAUACCGAGGCCGCGUGGCAGAAUUACACGUGGAACGGCACGCGGUUCGGGCAGGGCGGAAACGGCAGCACCGGCGGCGCGGGCGGCGCUGGGCGCGGCGCGAUGCUGAAGGCGGUGCUGCAGGCGCUGGCGCAGUUCUUCCCGAAUCUCAAUGCCACCAGCGCGGGAUCCUUCUUCGGCGGGCGCGGCGGGCGCGGGGGCCCGCGCGCCGGAUUCGCUUAUGGAUUUUCCGGUGUUUGGUACAACGCGAGCACGAUCACCAACAGCGCGGGGCGCAGCUACGCGGACGUGGUGGCUGUCGACAUGCUCGCCGCGCCCAGCAGCUUCUUCGGCGUGGUUACCACCGACGCCUUCGCCGAUGGCGUUGUCGGGGGACCCUUCGCAAACCACACCCGCCAAGCCGGGGGCCGCGGUGGCGGCAUGCGCGGCGGUAGGCGCGGUUAG